UGUCUCGUCUUCAAAGACCCGGGCUGGGUUUCAUCGCUUCCUUGGUUUUUUCAAGUAGUUCCCUCCCUGCAAACUGACUUCAAGGUGUUCAUCCAGGAAAGCCCUCGAGUGUCCCCAAAGCCGCAGAGGAGAAGGGAUGACAGUCUCUGAGGCUGAUUGCUAACGGCUUGAAGGUGGCCCCCACGGCCCCACACUCAAAAUGCCUUUUAAAGCAUUUGAUACCUUCAAAGAAAAAAUCCUGAAACCUGGAAAGGAAGGAGUGAAGAAUGUCCUGGGAGAUUCGUUGGGGAUUUUACGAAGAAAAAUCGAUGGGACGAAUGAGGAAGAAGAUAACAUCGAGUUGAAUGAAGAAGGAAGGCCAGUGCAGGCAUCCAGGCAGGGGCCCCCACUCUGCAGCUGCCACUGUUGGGGCAUCCCCAAGCGUUACAUCAUCGCCAUCAUGAGUGGGCUGGGUUUCUGCAUUUCUUUUGGGAUUCGGUGCAAUCUUGGAGUAGCCAUUGUGGAAAUGGUCAACAACAGCACUGUAUAUGUGAAUGGAAAACCGGAAAUUCAGAUAGCACAGUUUAACUGGGAUCCAGAAACUGUGGGUCUUAUCCAUGGAUCUUUUUUCUGGGGUUACAUUGUGACACAAAUUCCAGGUGGCUUCAUUUCCAACAAGUUUGCAGCUAACAGGGUCUUUGGGGCGGCCAUCUUCUUAACGUCUACUCUGAACAUGUUUAUUCCUCCUGCUGCCCGAGUACAUUAUGGCUGCGUCAUGUGUGUCAGGAUCUUGCAAGGCCUCGUGGAGGGUGUGACCUACCCAGCCUGCCACGGGAUGUGGAGUAAGUGGGCACCACCUCUGGAGCGAAGUCGACUGGCCACGACUUCUUUUUGUGGAUCCUAUGCAGGGGCGGUGAUUGCUAUGCCUCUGGCAGGAGUGUUGGUCCAAUACAUCGGCUGGUCCUCCGUCUUUUAUAUCUAUGGUAUGUUUGGGAUCAUCUGGUACUUGUUUUGGCUGUUACAGGCCUAUGAGUGUCCCGCAGUUCACCCAACAAUAUCCAAUGAAGAAAGAACCUACAUAGAGACAAGUAUUGGAGAAGGAGCGAAUUCGGUUAGUCUAAGUAAAUUUAAUACACCAUGGAAAAGAUUCUUUACAUCAUUGCCUGUGUAUGCAAUCAUUGUGGCAAAUUUUUGCAGAAGCUGGACCUUUUAUUUGCUGUUAAUAAGUCAGCCUGCUUAUUUUGAAGAGGUUUUUGGAUUUGCAAUAAGUAAGGUGGGUCUCUUGUCGGCGGUCCCACAUAUGGUCAUGACCAUCAUUGUGCCCAUCGGAGGACAACUGGCUGAUUAUUUAAGAAGCAGAAAGAUCUUGACCACAACUGCAGUCAGAAAAAUCAUGAAUUGUGGAGGUUUUGGCCUCGAGGCCACCUUGCUCCUGGUGGUUGGCUUUUCCCACACCAAAGGGGUGGCCAUCUCCUUUCUCGUGCUGGCUGUAGGAUUCAGCGGCUUUGCAAUUUCAGGUUUUAAUGUCAACCACCUGGACAUUGCCCCCCGAUAUGCCAGCAUUCUCAUGGGGAUCUCAAAUGGAGUUGGAACUCUUUCUGGAAUGGUCUGUCCCCUCAUUGUUGGAGCAAUGACCAAGCACAAGACCCGUGAGGAAUGGCAGAAUGUGUUCCUUAUAGCUGCCCUCGUGCACUACAGUGGGGUGAUCUUCUAUGGGGUCUUUGCUUCUGGGGAGAAACAGGACUGGGCUGAUCCUGAGAAUCUCUCUGAGGAGAAGUGUGGAAUCCUUGACCAAGAUGAAUUAGCUGAGGAGGCAGAACUCAACCACGAGAGCUUUGCAAGCCCCCCAAAGAAGAUGUCCUAUGGAGCCACCGCCCAGAAUUGCGAGCCCCAGAGGGAAUGGAAAGUACGGAGAGGGGCGGUCCUUGACGAGGAAGAACUGACAUCCUACCAGCAUGAAGAGGGAAGCUUCUCAGAUUUGUCCUAAUGUCUGAGGGGGGCACAUCCAUCUUCUCAUCCCAGAACCAGAAACUUUCCAUACCUAUUGCCUUCAUCAUAACCUGGCUUGCCAGAGAGUCUGACAAGGGUUGCAGAAUGGGGUGGGGUAGAGUGGUCAGGGUGCUUGGGGGAGGAGAGAGGAAAUUUAAUCAACAAUAGAGAAAAGAAAAUUUUCUUGUAGUGAUACUCCUCAUAGGUAUGGAGCUUGCUCUAAGUUGAUGAGAUGGAGAUAUAUAUAUACAUAUAUGUACAUAUAUAUGUAUGUAUGUUUUUGGAUUUUGAUUGGCCUCUUCUCUCAGAGAACUGAAUUUACUCAGAAAUAACUAGAAGAACAAAGGAGAUGAUACCACUUUUUUUCAAAGAAAAAUGAAAGGAAAUAUGAGUCGUUAGCCUGGAGGAGAGCGAGCCCUAGCUGCCACUCUGUUUCUGAAGGCUGUCCUGCAGCAGAGGUGUCCCAGGUGACUUCAGGCAAGUCCUCACUGAGGCUCUCUGCUGAGCGGGGUGCUUUACAGUCGCUUUUAGUCUGCAGAGCCCUCUGAUGGAAAGUCUCGUUUUACACUGAAACUCAAGUAUCAGGAUCUGCUCCAUGUGUUUCUAUGAGGAUGAGUACUGAGAUCUGUACAACCCCAAACAGGCGACAGUUGGAGAAAGAAGGCUCCACCCCAGGAUAAGGGAGGAUGUGUGUGUGUGUGUGUGUGUGUGUGUGUGUGUGUGUGAGAGAGAGAGAGAGAGAGAGAGAGAGAGAGAGAGAGAGAGAGAGAGAGAGAGGGAGGAGUGAGUGAAGGAGAGAGAAGGAAGAUCCAGAGACAGAAAGAAACAGAGAGGAUUGACCUCAGGAAUUCAACACUCUUCCCACAUGCCCAUAUCAAGGGAGGAUCAUCUUUAAAGAAAACUGAAGUGAGUGGGCUGUCUUGUGGACAGUUCCUCCCUGUGGCAGACCUGAGAGAUGGGAACAUUUGGGUGGAGGUGGCAGACUGAAUAAGGGGCUCACUCGAAGGUUCUUAUAUCCUACAUGAUCUAGGAGUCAAAUUAUACUGUGAAUUCAGUUUUGAUGCAAACUAUAUGAAAUAUGCAAGAAAGGUUCAGAGAAGUAGAAAAAGAGAAACUAAGAUGACCAAUUUUUAAGGAUGCUAAUGUGCAGAAUUAGGAGAAAGUAAACCAGGGUUUUUGAUUGUUAAAUUUCAAUCCUUCAUAACACCAAGAAUGUGGUUUAACACUGACCCAAAUACCAUAAAUCAUUACAUUUAGUAAUUUAGGAAGUAUAUUUUUACACUUUAUUAUGUAAAAUUCUCUGAAACAGUUUUUUUUAAAGAUGUAUGUUUUAGCUAUUUCUGCUGGUGGUUAUAUUAUAAAGCUUAAUCAAGUUAUAUAAAAUUAUGAUUUUAGUAUUCCUAUUGAUUAUAUUUGAAAUGGUUUUCAGGGAAGCACAAUCAUAUAAGAACAAUUUUAUAGGGGAAAUAUUAGAGUAAAGCAUAUGGAGCAAUUAGACCCAUAAAACUGAAAAUUUGUCUUUGAAUACUCAUGGCAAUAAUAUGGAAAUUCUCUAGCUAUAUUUUAAAAUGCAUCAAUGGCAUGUAAAGUAUUAUUUGAAAAUAAAAUUAUUUUUGUUGAUUGUUUCUGAAAAUUUUAUUACCCUCAGAAGAAAAAUAGAACAUUGAUAGAAAUAAUAGAUUUACUUAUAGUUAUUUGUUGCAUAUUAUUUUCCUUUUAAUGUGCCCUUAACUGUACCAGCAGAGUUUUAUUUUAUAGAAAGAAUGAUGAUCCCUUACAUUUUUUCUUUAUGUCUUUUGGUUUAUAACUUAUUUUAUAAUCUAUAUUUAAAUAUCUUUAAUGAGUAAGUACAUGUAAGUCCCUUGAAGAAGCUCCUGGCAUGUAGAAUAUAUUCAAGAAACAUAAGCUAUCAUCAUCAUUAUCAUCUUUUAACUUUCUGGGUAACUUUUCAGUUGAAAGACAGCAUGCUGUGCCAUUUCCAUCCAUUAGUCACUGAAUUUAUUGUGAAAGUCGUGCUUU